GAGCAAGAUGGCGGAUCCUGUGCAGAGUCUUGCCCAGCUAGAGAUCCUGUGCAAGCAGCUGUAUGAGACUACAGAUACCAGCACCAGGCUGCAGGCUGAAAAGGCACUCGUUGAAUUCACUAACAGCCCGGAGUGUCUAAGCAAAUGCCAACUUUUGCUUGAGAGGGGGAGUUCCUCAUACUCUCAGUUACUGGCCGCCACCUGCCUCACCAAACUGGUGUCACGAAGCACUAAUCCCCUCCCUCUUGAGCAAAGAAUUGAUAUCCGGAAUUAUGUGCUGACAUAUUUGGCCACCCGCCCAAAGCUUGCCUCCUUCGUGACACAGGCUCUGAUUCAGUUGUAUGCCCGAAUCACCAAAUUAGGCUGGUUUGACAGUCAGAAGGACGACUUUGUGUUCCGAAAUGUCAUUGGCGACGUGACGCGUUUCCUGCAGGACAGUGUGGAAUACUGUGUUAUUGGAGUCAGUUUUUUAUCCCAGUUGACAAAUGAAAUCAAUCAGGCAGAUGCCACGCACCCUUUGACGAAGCACCGCAAAAUCGCCUCAUCCUUCAGAGACUCCGCACUGUUUGAUAUCUUCACACUUUCGUGCAACCUACUCAAACAGGCCUCAGGGAAGUCUCUGCUCCUCUCAGAUGAGUCUCAGCAUGAUCUUCUCAUGCAGCUUCUCAAACUCACUCACAACUGUCUCAACUUUGACUUCAUCGGUACUUCUACAGAUGAGUCCUCAGAUGACCUCUGUACAGUGCAGAUCCCCACCAGCUGGCGCUCAGCAUUCUUGGAUUCCUCAACACUACAGCUCUUCUUUGAUCUGUAUCAUUCCAUUCCUCCCAACUUCACCCCACUGGUCCUAUCCUGUCUUGUACAAAUCGCCUCUGUGCGGCGUUCCUUAUUUAAUAAUGCAGAAAGAGCCAAGUUCCUCUCUCAUCUGGUCGAUGGAGUUAAGAGGAUAUUGGAAAAUCCUCAAAGCCUUUCUGAUCCCAAUAAUUACCACGAGUUCUGUCGGCUUUUAGCCCGCUUGAAGAGUAACUACCAGCUGGGAGAGCUUGUGAAGGUUGAGAACUAUCCUGAAGUCAUCCGGCUCAUAGCUAACUUCACUGUUACCAGCCUGCAGCACUGGGAAUUUGCCCCCAACUCUGUUCAUUACCUCCUGAGUUUGUGGCAACGUCUCGCAGCAUCCGUUCCCUACGUUAAAGCAACAGAGCCACAUCUCUUGGAGACCUACACACCGGAGGUGACAAAAUCCUAUGUGACAUCUCGACUGGAAUCUGUGCACAUAAUCCUCAGGGAUGGCCUUGAAGACCCUCUUGAGGAUGCAGGUCUAGUGCAGCAGCAGUUGGAUCAGCUGUCUACCAUUGGACGCUGUGAGUACGACAAGACCUGUGCUUUACUGGUUCAGCUAUUCGACCAAUCAGCACAGACCUAUCAAGAACUGCUGCAGAGUGGCUCUGCCCCCAGCAUGGAACUCGCCGUGCAGGAAGGUCGCCUUACAUGGUUGGUUUACAUUAUUGGGGCUGUAAUUGGAGGGCGAGUCUCCUUUGCUAGUACAGAUGAGCAGGAUGCAAUGGAUGGAGAGCUGGUUUGCCGAGUCCUUCAGUUGAUGAACCUCACAGACUCUCGCCUAGCACAGGCAGGCAAUGAAAAGCUGGAACUGUCCAUGCUUAGCUUUUUUGAGCAGUUUAGGAAAAUCUAUAUCGGUGACCAGGUGCAAAAGUCCUCCAAGCUAUAUCGUCGCCUUUCUGAUGUGCUCGGUCUUAAUGAUGAGACAAUGGUGCUGAGUAUCUUCAUUGGAAAAAUAAUCACUAAUCUGAAGUACUGGGGUCGCUGUGAGCCUAUCACAUCCAAGACGCUGCAGCUGCUGAAUGACUUAUCAAUAGGUUAUAGCAGUGUCAGAAAGCUGGUGAAACUCAGCGCUGUCCAGUUCAUGUUAAACAACCAUACGAGUGAGCACUUCUCCUUCCUGGGAAUUAACAGUCAAUCCAACAUGUCAGACAUGCGGUGCCGAACCACCUUCUAUACUGCUCUAGGGCGUCUUCUCAUGGUGGAUCUAGGCGAGGAUGAAGAGCAGUUUUCUCAGUUUAUGAUGCCUCUCACUGCUGCCUUUGAGUCGCUUGCCCAGAUGUUCAACAGCAACAAUUUUAAUGAACAAGAAGCCAAGAGGAGCCUGGUUGGGUUGGUGAGAGACCUUCGAGGUAUCGCCUUCGCAUUUAAUGCAAAGAGCAGCUUUAUGAUGCUGUUUGACUGGAUAUAUCCUGCUUACAUGCCAAUCCUGCAGCGGGCGAUAGAAUUGUGGUUCCAUGACCCAGCUUGUACCACACCCAUCCUCAAGUUAAUGGCUGAGCUGGUACACAACAGGUCUCAAAGGUUGCAGUUUGACGUUUCAUCUCCUAACGGGAUUCUUCUGUUCCGAGAGACCAGUAAAAUGAUCACAACUUAUGGUAACAGGAUCCUGACCCUAGGGGAGCUUCCAAAGGAGCAGUUGUAUGUGCUAAAGCUGAAGGGAAUCUCCAUCUGUUUCUCGGUGCUGAAAGCCGCUCUCAGCGGGAACUACGUCAAUUUCGGAGUCUUCCGCCUGUACGGGGAUGAGGCUUUGGACAAUGCCUUGCAGACUUUUGUCAAACUGCUGCUGUCCGUGCCACACAGUGACCUGCUGGAUUAUCCCAAACUGAGUCAGUCCUAUUACUCGCUCUUGGAAGUGCUCACUCAAGAUCACAUGUCUUUCAUCGCCAGCCUCGAGCCCCACGUCAUUAUGUAUAUCCUGUCCUCCAUAUCUGAGGGGCUUACAGCUUUGGACACAAUGGUGUGCACAGGCUGCUGCUCUUGUCUGGACCACAUUGUCACAUACCUCUUCAAGCAGCUGUCUCGCAGCGGUAAGAAAAGGGGAGCCCCUCCUCCGCAAGAGAGUGAGCGGUUCCUGCACAUCAUGCAGCAGCACCCUGAGAUGAUCCAGCAGAUGCUCUCCACAGUUCUAAAUAUCAUUAUAUUCGAAGACUGUCGAAAUCAGUGGUCAAUGAGCAGACCUCUUCUGGGAUUAAUUCUUUUAAAUGAGAAGUAUUUCUCAGACCUGCGGAGCAGCAUUGUAAGCAGCCAGCCCCCAGAGAAGCAGCAAGCCAUGCACCUGUGCUUUGAAAACCUAAUGGAGGGUAUUGAAGGGAACCUACUCACCAAGAACCGAGACAGGUUUACACAGAAUCUCUCUGCCUUCCGACGAGAAGUGAACGACUCUAUGAAAAACUCAUCCUGCGGCCCCAACAGUAACGAGAUGAUGAGCUGACCUCUCCAUUCACCAACCACCAUCUCCUCUCCCAGUCAUCUUCCCCUCUCUUGUAUAAAAACCCGCACAUUUUUUUUGGUAAUGUUUUGAAUUCUUUCUACGGAUGGGGAAAAUAUAUAUAAAUAUCUGACGAGUGGAUCUCCUGCUGAAACUCCUAAUUAAUGGAGGCUCGCGGGGAGUUACUGAGCGAAUGCGAGAGAGAGGAAAAACACACACUUGUUCACCAGGACUGAACUCCCUGUUGAAAAUUACAUAUAUAUAUAUAUAUAUAUAUACACAGUAUAUGUAUGUGUCAUUUUGAGUGACCAGUAAAUUGCCCCUUACAGCCCCCCAUCCCUUUUCCCUUCAGCGUGGAUGUGCGGAGGACUGGCGGAGCAUUGUGCUGUUAUGGAGUGAUGCUCUGCAGAGACUGCACUGAAAGGGUUGAAAGGUUCUGCAAGGACAUUUUGUAAUAAACAAUCCUCUUUACUGA